UCUUUUAGCCUUGAGGUUGUGACAUUUCAGCCAUACUAAAUGUUGUUGUUUUUCUCUUAUUCUGAAAGCCUCAAAGACCAUUAAUCAUUUCCCCUUGCCCAAUGGCGCUUUGGCUGACGCACAAUAGGGCCAUAGCUUAUCUUCACCUUCCUGACCACUGUUUGUUUUAAGCAAUAGGGUUCCCGCUCUAAUGGAUUGAAUUAAUUGAUUAAUACUUUUAUCCAAUUAGUGCUCCCUCAUGCAAUUAAUCAGAUAGCCCCCAGUGUAAGCCGUCUGCCGUGGGCCGCAGCUCGGCUGACAGAUGCUUCGGGCUCAAGUUUGUGAUAUAUAAACCUCCCUAUUUCCUUUUGCAACCACACCUGGCUCCCUAACACAGGAGACAUUGCUCUUGGGCUUAGCACAUUAUCCGGAUUCUUGCUGAGUAGAAGGUUUUCCGCCUUGAGAAAUGCUUUUCAGGUAGAUCACCCAAAUGAAGGUGUGUUUUCUUGCUGCAGUCCGAGGGAAAGUCGAGAAAUUUAAACCCGCAACCAUUCCGAGCCGUGUGUAGGAGAGGAAAGCAAACUCACAGUGGCACAUAUUGAAUUAUGUACUGUAUAUGUUUAGCAGGAAUGAGAAUGCUGGAAGAAAAGCCAAGAAUCAAUACAGUUUGUUGCACUAUCAAUUAUUCGGAGCUGGAGAGAGCUGCGUGCGGAUUUGCUUCUUUACGUAUGCUCUUUUGCUCGUCUAACCGGCUAUCUUUGCUCUGUUUCAGACGGUCCAUUACUGAGGUCAACAUGAACUCGCAUGAUCUGAGCCGUGCAGGUCAAGAAGGCACAACGAGGCGGGAGAGAUUGGGAUAAUGAUGGCUUCCACUUUUGAUUAACAUCAUCAAUUUUGAGGAUUCCACAGUGCACGUUUGGAUUUUGGGUGGACACACGUGGAAAUUAAGGAAGCUGUUGGAUUACGGGAUCAUUCCUAACUGAUUUCCAAUGGGAUUUUCAAGAGUGCGCCAGAACAUAUUUUUAUUUUCACCUGUCAGUGUUGAAGUUUGCAGUAUUUCCUAGUAGCUGUUCAACUUAAAGCUUGACUCCAGCAGAAAUAGGACUUCAAUGGCUUUGUGAUUGGUGCUCCAUCAUCGAGAAACCCAACACUGAUUUCAGAACGGAGGAGAGUUAUAGCUGUGUAUCACCGAAACGGCCUCAUCUUUCCAAGAAAGAUUCUUCUUAAAUGCCCUCUUGAGGACCCAGUGGCCUCUUCCGUUCUAAAAAAAAAAAAUGACCAAAAAGCUAUUGGAUUUAUAGUUUCAUUGAGCAGCAGUGAACUCUCGUUUACCUUCCUCAACCCCAGAGUCAAGGAGCUUUUCUGAAGCAAUCAGGAGGAAAACUUCACCCUGAACGAGUUUCUAACUUCUGCUCCAUGUAGAGACCAGAGAGAUUUUAAACAUGGCUCCCUGCUGGAGAGGAGGAGCUCAGGUUUUGGCGGUGACUUUGGGAAUUUUGCAUUGCUGCGGAUGGCUGUCGGGUCAGACCGUAAGGACUAGUGUUGGGAAAACAAGAGAAGCUUCUGAGCAGUGGUCGAUGCUGCAUGAACGGGUUAAAAGGGGAUGGGUUUGGAAUCAGUUCUUCGUUGUGGAGGAAUACACCGGGACGGAGCCACUUUAUGUGGGAAAGAUUCACUCGGACUCAGAUGAAGGCGACGGCUCCAUCAAAUACACCAUCUCUGGAGAAGGAGCGGGCAGCAUCUUCAUCAUAGACGAGGUGACGGGCGACAUCCACGCCACCGAGAGGCUGGACCGCGAGGAGAAAACCUUCUACACGCUACGAGCUCAAGCGCGAGACCGGCAGACGGACGAGCCUCUCGAACCCGAGUCCGAGUUCGUCAUUAAAGUGCAGGACAUUAAUGACAGUGAGCCCAAGUUUCUAGAGGGACCGUACAUCGGCAGCGUGGCGGAGCUCUCCCCUGUCGGUACGUCAGUGAUGAAGGUUAUGGCGUCAGAUGCAGAUGAUCCCACUUAUGGAAGCAGCGCUCGGAUAGUUUACAGUGUUUUGGAAGGGGAACGAUUCUUCACUGUCGACAGACAAACCGGAGUGAUCCGAACUGCCGUGCCGGACCUGGACCGGGAGACUCAGGACCGAUAUGAGCUGGUGGUAAAGGCUACAGAUAUGGCAGGUCAGAUGGGAGGUCUGUCCGGCUCCACCACUGUGACUAUAGUGAUCACGGAUGUCAAUGACAGUCCUCCACGCUUCCCUCAGAAGAUGUAUCAGUUUUCGGUCUCGGAGGGCGCCGCCGUCGGGACAGCGAUCGGUCGGGUGAUCGCGACAGAUGCAGACAUGGGUGAGAAUACGGAUAUGAGUUACCUGAUCAAAGACGAGGAGGGAGGAGAGCUGUUCAGAGUGUCCACUGAUGGAGACACACAGGAGGCCGUCAUCGCCAUCAGAAAGCCUCUAGACUUUGAGCACAAGCGCACACAUAAUGUGGUGGUGGAGGCUGUAAACAAGCACGUGGACCCUCGUUUUGUUGAUCUGGGGUCUUUCCGGGACCAGACCAUCGUGAGAGUCAGUGUUUCUGAUGUGGACGAGCCGCCGAUCUUCAUGCCACCCGCUGGAACCAUCAUGGAGGUUCAGGAGGAUGCUCGGCUAGGAGCGCUGGUGGGAAUCGUGACAGCCAGAGAUCCAGAUAUGGACAACGUCCCCAUCAGGUUUUCUAUAGAGCGGAGCACAGACCAGGAGCAGAUCUUUAAUAUUGAUCCAGUAACGGGUGCCAUCACUCUGGGCAAGAUCCUGGACAGGGAGACCGCCGGCUGGCACAACAUCACUGUUACCGCAGUAGAAGCAGAUAAUCAGUCGAUGGCGUCUGAGACAGCGGUCAGCAUCCGCAUCCUGGACGUGAACGACAACCCACCUGAGCUGGCCACUCCUUAUGAAGCCUCAAUCUGUGAAGACGCCAAACCUGGACAGGUAAGAAAUAAAAAGAGACUGUGUGUUUGCUGCAGCUGUUUAUAAAGCUGUCGUAUGCAUUGGAGUGUGUCAUUUCAGUGAGGAGUGUGUGUGUGUGUGUGUG